AUGAUCAACAGAUUAAGAUCGUGGGUGACCUGGUCCUGGACCUAUCUGUGGGCCCUGUGGUUCCUGUUGGUCAUUGCAUUGGUCUACAUACUUCGUGCUUCGAGCUAUUUCAACAAUUUGACACCGAAAUUCUACGUGGCGCUGACCGGUACGUCAAGUUUGGUCUCCGGCAUCAUACUGAUAUUCGAGUGGUGGUAUUUCAAAAACAAUUCCGGCGAUAAUGGGACGGGCAGCGAAGAUAACAGUGAUAAUGAUGAUGGGGGCACCGAGUCAAACAGUCGAACUGUGCCCGAGUGCAAAGUUUGGCGUAAUCCAACGGCUCUAUUCCGUGGUGCCGAAUAUCAGCGGUUUACAAAAGCAACAGGCAAGGAGCCGCUGACCUAUUACGACAUGAAUCUUUCAGCACAGGAUCAUCAGAAUUUUUUCACUUGCGAAGGAGAUACUGGCAAGCAAGACUAUGAAAUAAUGCAAGUGGCGUGGCGCGAGCGUGACAGUUACUCACGAAUCAAUGCGGCCUAUAAAGCCCUGGAAAUCAAUCCGGACUGCGCUCCAGCAAUGAUUCUGUUAGCGGAGGAGGAAUGCGAAACCGUGGCCGAUGUGGAAUUGAUGCUGAAGUAA